UUCAACAAGCAUGAUGCAACCUUCUCACCAAAGUAUAGCUACAACUCAUUCCCAGAAACACUAAAAUUUCAUUCACAAUUCUCUUCAAGAGCCACCAAAAUCAUAACUACCUGUAUUUUUUAUCUCUACUUUUCAAUUUUGGGAAGCUUGUGAGAAUGAGCAACAUGACGACGAAACCAGAUUUUGCGCAGAAACUGCUGAAUGAUCUGCGCCAGCGCAAGGAAAGGAUGGCCGCCACUCAGACCUCAAGUCGACAGUCGAGCCAAACAUCUAGAGUUGCAUGACAAGAUUAAGGGGAUUCGGAUUGAAUCGAUAAACAUCUUCUCGAGGCAACGUUAGGAACACAGAACUCUAAUAGCUAUGUUACAUAGAGAUGAUCAAGAAUGUGAACAGAAAGAAGCAAGUGUAACAGUGAUUGAAAAGGAUAUAAUUUUAACAAAAAGUUGAGGCACAAAAACAGUGAUUAAGGUGAUUUUGUAUGUAAACUCCUAUGGUUGUUGUGUUAGCCUUUCACCGUUAAGGUCUCACGAAUCUGUGAACAACAGCCACACGCGGGACAUCAAGGGGCGCUCGACAAAUGAAUGUCCUAGAUUCCGGUAGUUCUACAACGAGAGGCAGCAGAUCAGUGAACACGAAAGACACUUCGAGCCAGAUCAUUGUCUACGAGGGCAGGCAAAGCUCUAAGCAAGUCAGAGAUCUGUCGAUGGCCAUAGCUUUCGCCUUUGAGAAUAGUGGAAAUCUCAGUACCAUUAGCGGCUCCAGCAGCAAUCCACUAGUAAAUUUCUUCAACAGAUUUGGCCGAAGAUCACCAAACUCGAGGAAAAUGGAGACUACCGGCUUCUACAAUCAUACCUCAGCUGGUUCGUUUCCUAACAUCCAUGUCAAUGAAAUAUCGAAAGGAGUUCACAAGCUCAACCAGAUUCUUAGCGCCUGCUCCAACGGCCUUAACUUGGACAGAAACUCGAUUGAAAUUGGGAGAGAGCUGCUGAAAGGCGCAAUUGAUUUGGAAGAGUCCCUGAGGAUGCUCGUGAGCUUACAGGACGCUUCAGAGUUCACGAACAGUUCACAGAAGAAAGGCCGUAUAAAGUUACUUGGAGAGGAUGGAGACGAGGAUGAGGAUGAUGACAACGGGAAAAUAGUCGAGCAGUGGAAGCUGGAUCGGCCUAGAUUCUCCUUUGAUAGAACCUCAGGGAAGUCCCGAGCGGUCCAGGGUGGAACGAGACAGCAACAGCUAGCUCUACCAUAUAGACAUGAAACGUCCGACCAAUCUAUUAUCACCAACUCGCAACUGAUUCCUCAUACGAGGUCUAAUAGCUAUGUCGAGGAUUACAGUCUCUUAAGUUUAUCAAAGUCCACACCAGAGAAGGGAAGGAUUUCAAAUGUGAUAGCUAAACUUAUGGGGCUCGAAGAAGUUCCUCUGAAGGAGGGCUCGAUAGGUGGGAAAAAUGUAUCGAACGGAAGUGGCAAGCAGAAAAAACCCAUGACUAGAGAGACUAGGAACAAUGGAUCUGAUCUUAGCACCAACAAGAUGCAGCCAAGAAGAGAGCCCAAGCAACAGAUCAAACCUGAAAAGAGCCAUGAAACGAAGGAUGGCGCCUCUAAAAUGGUAAACUCGGAGAGGAGCCAGCUGCGUAAAGAUUUUAAAAUGCAAGCAGUGAGCAUCGAGCCAGCAAACAUCAUGAUAAAGAAACAACAAAGCCACACUAAUCAUGUCGAUGGAGUCUCGAGCUUCAAUGAAAACACGAGGAAACAAACUCAUGGAGAGGACAAAAGGGCACAGAAAAGCUCAAUGCUGAAAGCAGAAGGGAAAACAAGCAAUAGGAUUGAGCAAGUGGUGAGUGCAAAUUCAGUAGAAAAGAGGAAUGCAAAUAACUAUGUUCCGAAAAAUCAAGAACAGAUCACUAAAAGACCUGACCGCGCUGAAGAUAAGAACUCUGUCGACUAUAAACCACAGCAGCUUCAGAAAUAUAAUUUGGUGGCAAAAAUCCAUGAGGGCAAACAAGUGGAAAACAUAAAUGCUUCAAAAUCCAAGAGAAGUGCAGCCACGAAUCAGCAGAAGAAGUUACCAUGCGAAAAAUCCACUCCUGGUGAUGGGAGAUCAACGAAAGUUCCCGUGAGAGACUCUGUUCACAGACGACAUCAAGAUGCUGAACUCACAAUUGAUAACUCGCAGAAUACUGCAAUCUAUCCAGAAAGUCCCCGGACACAAAGGCAAAGUCAGGGCACAUCUAAAACUGAAAGCGGUAUAGAAGAGGGGAGCAGUCGACUGCUUGCAGAAGAGAAGCCACUCGAGGCCUCACCCACACAGGAGAAUUGUUACCAGGAAGGUUCAGAGAAGAGAGAUUCCUGA